GUAAACACACAGACAGAACCCUAUUACUGGAGAAUUGCCCGCAAAGCUGUACGGAGCUAAAACUAAUUUUUACGAUUCACUGCCUGCACUUGCAUAUUAAAGAAGAGGUUUAAGGGGAAAAACAAUCAAAUUGACCUUAACUGCGUUUUAUAAACAGCGAUACAGGGAUGGAAGACCUUGAUGAAGCGGCAAACGCAGACUGAGACAGAGACAGAGCGGAAAUGGACCAGGACUAUGAGAGACGCCUACUCAGGCAGAUUAACCACCAGAAUGUGCCCGAGGGCCACUUAAGUAAGUCCGGCUACACCACAUGCAGUCCACUCAGUGUUAAAUUAGGCGACAGGUACAUACCCACUCGCGCCGGAAGCAACUGGAGCAUCAAUUUCCAUUACGCCAAUGAGAACUGUUGGGCACCAAACCAGAAUCAACGGUCCAAGGACGCAAGUGCAGACACAGGAAAGGAUGCAGUGGCCUAUGCAGCCCUGCUGCGGAACGAACUGCUGGGAGCAGGCAUCGAGGCUGUACCAGACACUCACACAGAUGAUCAGCGGCAUACCAUCCUCUCCCAGGACUCCCAUAGCCUCUUCAGGUACACUAUCCACACAAAAAGAGUGCCUUUUGACACCGGCAAUGAAAUCUCUCCAUAUUCCCUCUCUCCUCUCAGUAACAAAAGUCACAAGCUGUUGCGCUCACCAAGGAAACCAGCGCGAAAAAUCUCCAAAAUCCCUUUCAAGGUGCUGGAUGCACCGGAGCUACAGGACGACUUCUACCUUAACCUGGUGGACUGGUCAGCCGGAAACCUGCUGAGCGUUGGUCUGGGGGCUUGUGUUUACUUGUGGAGCGCCUGUACCAGCCAGGUUAGUGUGACCAGGUUGUGUGACUUGUCAGUAGAUGGAGAUUCUGUGACCUCAGUCUGUUGGAAUGAGAGGGGGAACUUGGUCGCUGUAGGAACCCACAAGGGCUUUGUACAGAUUUGGGAUGCAGCUGGAGGCAGGAAGCUAACCAGCUUGGAAGGGCACUCGGCCCGUGUUGGUGCAUUGGCAUGGAACGGUGAACAGCUGUCCUCAGGCAGCAGGGACAGGGUGAUCCUACAGAGGGACGUACGUGCUCCGCCCCCAGCCGAAAGGAGGCUGCAGGGCCACAGGCAAGAAGUGUGUGGCCUCAAGUGGUCACCUGACCACCAGCACCUCGCCUCUGGAGGCAACGACAACAAGCUGCUGGUGUGGAACAGUUCUAGCCUGGUACCCAUGCAGCAGUACAGCGAGCAUUUAGCAGCGGUGAAGGCCAUCGCCUGGUCGCCACAUCAGCACGGCCUGCUGGCAUCCGGUGGGGGCACGGCCGACCGUUGCCUGCGCUUCUGGAACACGCUGACGGGGCAGGCGCUGCAGAGCACAGACACGGGCUCACAAGUCUGCAACUUGGCCUGGUCCAAACACGCCAACGAGCUGGUCAGCACACAUGGCUACUCACAGAAUCAGAUCCUGGUGUGGAAAUACCCCUCGCUUACACAGGUGGCCAAGCUGACUGGACACUCCUACCGUGUGCUCUACUUGGCGGUGUCUCCAGAUGGUGAGGCCAUCGUGACAGGAGCAGGAGAUGAGACGCUGAGGUUUUGGAACGUCUUCAGCAAAACACGCUGCACCAAGGAGUCCAAGUCUGUGUUGAACCUGUUUACCAGGAUACGGUAGUGACAGAGGUGAGAAGAGAACAAGCUUCAGAGAAUCUGUUAUCUCUUCAUCUCGUCUAAACCCGGAUGGAUUUCCUCUCACCACAGUCCUGCAAUGUCUUCAAUAAACUCACAGCAGAUAAGCAAGUC